CAUAGACCAAACCCCAGAUUACGAGAUCGGAAGCAGCUUUGGGUCUCUCUCUCUCUAGCUCGCAAAUUCAACUCCACCAGGCAAGACAUGUCCAACCGGUGGUAUAACAAUAGACAGGAAACAAGCACCCGAGACAAACAGCAACAUGAGAAGGAGCAGGCAUAUCAGGAGUCACUUCUUGAUGAUUUUGCAGAGGAAUUUAGACUUCCUAUUAAUCAAAGGCCAACAGAAAAUGUUGAUCUGGAACAUGUGGAACAAGCGUCAUUGGACAGACAGUUACCAUCAUCUAACAUUGGUUUUCGGCUUCUCCAGAAAAUGGGGUGGAAGGGGAAGGGGCUCGGUAAAGAUGAACAAGGAAUUGUUGAGCCAAUAAAAUCUGGGAUUAGAGACCCAAAACUAGGAGUUGGAAAACAAGAAGAAGAUGAUUAUUUUACAGCAGAAGAAAAUAUUCAAAGAAGAAAACUUGAUGUUGAGAUGGAAGAGACUGAGGAACAUGCAAAGAAGCGGGAGGUUUUAGCAGAACGUGAGCAGAAAAUUCAAACUGAGGUGAAAGAAAUACGCAAGGUGUUCUACUGUGACCUGUGCAACAAACAAUACAAAUUGGCUGUGGAAUUUGAAGGUCACUUGAGCUCCUAUGAUCAUAAUCACAGGAAGCGUUUUAAAGAAAUGAAAGAAAUGCAUGGUACAAGUAGUCGGGAUGAUCGUCAAAAACGGGAGCAGCAGCGCCAGGAGAGGGAAAUGGCAAAGUUUGCUCAGAUGAGUGCCGACGCCCGUAAGCAGCAGCAGCAGCAGCUACAACAACAGCAAGAAGAAUCUGCAUCAGCCCCGGGUUCUGCUGAACUGAGAAGUGCUACUGCACUUGCAGAUCAAGAUCAAAGGAAGGCCUUGAAAUUUGGGUUUUCUUCUAAAGGUGGCACCUCUAAGACCUCGUUUGGUAGUGCUUCAAAGAAGCCAAAAGUAGCAAAAGUAGCUGUGGCCUCAGUAUUUGGCAAUGAUAGUGAUGAAGAAUAGCUGACAUAGCUUGUAACCGCCCAGCGGCUCUGUACCAUUAUGAAGCUUUCAUUGUUUGUGCGUCAUAAUUAUGCAGUUUAUGUUUCCAUCAGUUGUAUGCAGUUGUGAUGUGAGGAAAGAUCCUUUAAUAGGUGUACCAAUUAAAGUCAUUUACACCGAAGCAUAAGAAUGACUUGGUUUAUAAAGAUUGUCUAUUAUAAGUGCAGACUAUUUACUCGUGAGGAUAAAUAAGCAUUAUGCCUCCUCCUUCCUUGUGACUAAA